GAGGUUGCAAUUCUCUKAAUUUAUAUUACCGUUAGCAUUAUAGAACACACACCAUCCAGGUGUGUAAUUCAACAGAUUUUCCUAAAAGGUUUAGAAAACGGGAUAACAGCUAUGGCAAAAUGUGCAUCAAUUUUUGUSUUUUUUUCGUUUGUUCACUACAGUCGCYAUCUCUUUGUGAAAUCUCAGGCAUUUUCGCUUCUCGCUUCUACUGAAGUUGGUAUCGAACUUCAAGGGUUUUCUUAUAAGUCGUUUUCAGACAUGAAUCUGAGUACUUGUUUUUUAUCCUGCAUGGAAGACGGUAUUUGCCAKUCUAUCAACUUCGACGUUCAAAAUUUUCAUUGCCAGUUCAACAACGACACCAGAAGACUGCGGCCURRGAAUGUCCAGGAGAACGAGCACAGUGUUUAUAUGGAAAAACCUAAACCAGCAAAGCCAAAGAAGGGUUCCGAUCCUCUUUUUGCUGGUCACUCGUGCAAGGAAAUCAAAGAUCUYGGUGAWUCUCGUGGAGAURGAGAAUACUGGAUUGAUCCUGGGAACACUGGACAACCCUUCACUGUCUACUGUGACAUGACUACUGAUGGAGGAGGCUGGACAUUGAUAAUGAGGGCACAACUGCCGACUACAGCUCCGCAACCAUUUGUGGUAGAAAAAGAGUAUAAGGCCCUUGCAAGCUACACAAAUUACAGGCAACGGAUCAGAUUAGCAGGACUGAAAAACUUAAGAAACGAUAUGGGAUUCCAUCAGCUUCGAUUUCGAUGUCGUAAGAAGAGUAUCAACCGAACCAUUCACAUCAUGACCACCAACAACACCGCUGGACACAAAGUACUGGAUCACUUCCUCGUCAAGACAACAUGGCCGACAGCGUGUGGCUCGUUUGAAAGACUACCAGAUGACACGUCGAUUCUUGCACGGAAUUGCCUGAAGUGGGGUCAUAAUGGUGGAAACGUCGAGGUGAAUCGAUGGGGAAGAUAUACCGGUUAUGGAAUCAACCGAAUACACAAUGAUGCUAUUGUAUGGGAAAACAAGUACUACUUUUCCAGCCAGCCAUAUUAUUGUGAUGACUUUACUGGAGAUACCUAUGGAGCACUCAAUGUUGGGGACAUUUGGGAAAUGUUUGUUCGUUAA